AUGUCGGCCUCCCUCCCCGGUAUCAGGGCCCUGCCCGAGUCCCAGUAUGAUUUGAGCACUUAUUGGGGUCGGGUGCAACACGCCGCAGGACUUUCUGACCCGAGGACUCUAUUUGCCGGAAAGACGGGACUUGAGAGAGCAAGGAGCCUUAUAGUUGACUACAAGGAGGGUCGUGCCCAACACAUGACUCCGGAACUAUGGCAAGCCAAGAAGAUCGUCGACUCAACUCUUCAUCCCGACACCGGCGAGCCGAUCUUCUUGCCGUUCCGCAUGUCUUGCUUCGUGCUUUCCAACCUGGUUGUCACGGCGGGCAUGCUUCAACCUGGGCUUGGGACCGUGGGAACGAUAGCAUGGCAGGUUGUUAACCAGUCGCUAAACGUGGCCAUCAACAGCGCCAACGCGAACAAGUCCUCUCCGCUAACCUACCAACAACUCGCCCAAUCCUACGCCAUGGCCGUCACCGCCUCCUGCUCCGUCGCCGUCGGCCUCAACAAGCUCGUGCCACGGCUCAAGCGCGUCUCUCCCGCCACCAAGACGAUCCUCUCUCGCCUGGUGCCCUUCGCGGCCGUUGCGUCCGCCGGUGCCCUCAACGUCUUCCUCAUGAGAGGCGAAGAGAUGCGCAAGGGUAUCGACGUCUUCCCCGUGCUCUCCGACGCCGACAAGGCCAAGCUCGUUGCCGAGGGCAAGUCGGAGUCCGACGUGCCUUCGCUCGGUAAGAGUAAGAAGGCGGCGACUAUCGCUGUCAGCGAGACUGCCCUUAGCCGAGUGUUGAACAGCUCACCGAUCAUGGUUAUCCCCCCUCUCAUCCUUGUCCGCCUGCAAAAGACCGAGUGGCUCAAGCGCCGACCUCACUUUACCAUCCCCGUAAACCUCGGUCUUAUCCUUGGCACAUCGUUUGCUGUGUUGCCGCUUGCUCUGGCUGCGUUCCCGCAGCGACAGAGCAUUAGGGCGGAUAGUUUAGAACCUGAGUUCCAUGGCAAGGGAGGGAAGGACGGACUCGUUUGCAAAACCCCUGCUCCAAAAAUUUAUCCUUCAAGCUCGGAGCUCAAAGAACAACCUCAACCGAAAACGACCAUCUGCAAGUCUUCGUCGCCGUAUAACAACGUCGCAUUCCGCACCCUCAGAUUCUCCCUCUCGAAGUUCGAAGUUAGCUUCCCUCCACAUAUACCCGGAAUGGAUUCCACAGCCGUCAAGAAUGCUGUUAUGCAGCAGGUCCGCACCGAAGCCAGCGUCGCGAACGCGCAAAAGCUCAUGAACAACCUCAAAUCUAGCUGCUUCGAGAAGUGCGUCCCCAAGCCCGGCACCUCCCUCUCGAGCACCGAAUCGACCUGCGUGACGAACUGCAUGGAGAAGUACAUGGCUGCCUGGAAUCUCGUCAAUUCGACCUACAUUGCGAGGUUACGUGGAGAGAACGCUAAGAACGAUAGCUUCGUAUAA